GCGGAGGCGGCGGGGGCGGCGGGAAGAUGGCGGAGUCCGGUGGCAGCGGCGGCGGCGCUAGCGGCAGCGGCGGCUUCGGCGCGGGCCAGGGUCCCGAACGGCGGAGCAGCAUGGCCGAUAAGAACGGGGCCCUCAAGUGUACCUUCUCUGCACCCUGCCACAGCACCGGCCUCCUGCAGGGCCUGGCCACCCUCCGUGCCCAGGGCCAGCUCCUGGACGUCGUGCUCACCAUCAACAGGCAGACCUUCCACGCGCACAAGGUGGUCCUGGCUGCCUGCAGUGACUACUUCAGGGCCAUGUUCACGGGUGGCAUGAGGGAGGCGAACCAGGACGUCAUUGAACUGAAGGGAGUGUCGGCCCGUGGCCUGCGGCACAUCAUUGACUUCGCUUACAGCGCUGAGGUGACCCUGGACCUUGACUGUGUGCAGGACGUGCUGGGCGCAGCUGUGUUCCUUCAGAUGCUGCCUGUGGUGGAGCUGUGUGAGGAGUUCCUCAAGGCGGCCAUGAGUGUGGAGACCUGCCUCAACAUCGGCCAGAUGGCCACGACCUUCAGCCUGGCCUCACUCCGGGAGUCCGUGGAUGCCUUCACCUUCCGGCACUUCCUGCAGAUCGCCCAGGAGGAGGACUUUCUGCGCCUGCCACUGGAGCGUCUCGUCUUCUUCCUGCAGAGCAACCGGCUGCAGAGCUGCACUGAGAUCGACCUGUUCCGCGCCGCAGUCCGCUGGCUGCAGCAUGACCCAGCGCGGCGGCCCCGUGCCAGCCACGUGCUCUGCCACAUCCGCUUCCCGCUCAUGCAGUCAUCGGAGCUGGUGGACAGCGUACAGACGCUGGACAUCAUGGUGGAGGACGUGCUCUGCCGCCAGUACCUGCUGGAGGCCUUCAACUACCAGGUGCUGCCCUUCCGGCAGCACGAGAUGCAGUCACCACGCACUGCUGUGCGCUCGGAUGUGCCCUCGCUGGUCACCUUCGGCGGCACGCCCUACACUGACAGUGACCGCUCUGUCAGCAGCAAGGUGUACUACCUGCCCGAGCCGGGCGCCCGCCACUUCCGCGAGCUCACAGAGAUGGAGGUGGGCUGCAGCCACACAUGCGUGGCCGUGCUUGACAACUUCGUGUAUGUGGCCGGGGGCCAGCACCUGCAGUACCGCAGCGGGGAGGGCGCAGUGGAUGCCUGCUACCGUUAUGACCCGCACCUGAACCGCUGGCUGCGCCUACAGGCCAUGCAGGAGAGCCGCAUCCAGUUCCAGCUAAAUGUGCUGUGCGGCAUGGUGUACGCCACGGGCGGCCGCAACCGGGCUGGCAGCCUGGCCUCCGUUGAGCGCUACUGUCCCCGGCGGAACGAGUGGGGCUACGCCUGCUCGCUGAAGCGCCGCACAUGGGGCCAUGCUGGCGCCUCCUCGGGGGGCCGCCUUUACAUCUCGGGCGGCUACGGCAUCUCGGUGGAGGACAAGAAGGCACUGCACUGCUAUGACCCCGUGGCUGACCAGUGGGAGUUCAAAGCUCCCAUGAGCGAGCCCCGUGUGCUGCAUGCCAUGGUGGGCGCAGGCGGCCGCAUCUAUGCCCUGGGCGGCCGCAUGGACCACGUGGACCACUGCUUUGACGUGCUGGCUGUCGAGUACUAUGUACCCGAGACGGACCAGUGGACCAGCGUCAGCCCCAUGCGGGCCGGUCAGUCGGAGGCUGGCUGCUGCCUGCUGGAAAGGAAGAUCUACAUUGUCGGGGGCUACAACUGGCGCCUCAACAACGUCACAGGCAUUGUGCAGGUGUACAACACAGAGACGGACGAGUGGGAGCGAGACCUGCACUUCCCAGAGUCCUUUGCGGGCAUCGCCUGUGCCCCUGUCCUGCUGCCCCGGGCUGGGAUCAGGAGGUAGCUCCUGGGAUCCCUAGGACCCCAACUGCAUGCUGUCUCCAAGCAGGGCUUGGGGAGCGCAUGUCCGGGCUGAGAGCCACAGCCCCCCACCCCCUGCUUGCUGGCCUCUAGGGGCCUGCUGCUGAUAAACGCUAUCCCCCCGCCCCCGGUCCCUUUCUCCUUUCUUCCUGAGGCAACCCUGGCUCUGAGUCCCACCGAGGGUGCCUACCCACCAAGAGGCCAAUGUUUCGCGGCAGCAAACUCGUGCCCAAGGCAGCUUCCUUGCCUGCCCUGCAAGUCCCAGCUGGUGGGUCAGAAUUGGGGUGUCCCUUCUGGUGGCCAUUGUGUGGCUUUUCCUUACUGUCACCCCCCUGCCAACCUCCCAGCCCAGUGGUUUCAGACGCCGAGAUGUGAGCUUAUUAAUGUCGGACCCAUAGUCCAUGGUAUGCAACUCGCCUCCCUUCCACAUCUUUUGCCUGUGUGUUUUUAAAAUAAACUCCCCCAAAACCUCCAUGACAUACGGACCUCCUGGAGCAGUGAGAGGCAUCUUAAAGGUCCCAGCUCAGUUCUGACAGGCAACGAGGGCAUGUCUGCCUCCCCCAUGAGUGCCCCCUACACCUGCCCCUCCACCUGGCUGCUGGGGGAGGCUCUAGCCAUGGCUCUGUUCCUGUCCUCAACUCCAGCACCAUAAGGGCACUCACUUGUCUGCUUUCAGGAGGAAAAAACACAACCAGCUCCCAGAGACAGUUCUUAUGGGCAUUGGGUAUUCAGUUUGGCACUGGGUGUCACGUGGGGCCCUAACGAGGAGUGAGGGCUGAGACGCCCCUGUCCUGUUUGCCCCUGGUGGCAGGGCCAUUGGAACGGGGCCGCUGGCUUAGAUCUCACAGUGCGUCUGUAUGCUGCAGGUCUGUUGGGUGAUUUUUAUUUCCUUUCCUCCUUCCCACCCCUCCAAGUGACCCUAGCCCAGCCCUGUUUUAGGUCAUCAUGGGACCGCAAGCCCACCCUGUGUGGGAAGCCAGGCAAGUGGUGAGGCCUUCCCCUUCAAGAGCUUUGUAGGGUCUCCUGCCACAUUCUUUUUGUUGCUUGAACUGCUAAACCUCCUUUUUUUUUUUUUUAAUGACGCCAGCACUGUCUUCUUAACGGGAUUUGUACUCUUGGGGCAACUUAAAGUGUCUCUCUUGCUGCUAACGGACGAUUGAUGCCGUGUCUCUGUGACCCACUCACCAUGUAGAGAAUUAACCUCAUGCCUUCGCAGACGUCGUCUCCUAAUAUUUCCCUUUAUUUAAUAAAAAUGUUAUGGUGAGAAGAUGGAGUGGGCGCCGCGCCGAGAUUGUGCGGCUGAGGCCUGAUUGGUCACAGA